CACCGCUUCGGACUCGCCUUUCAAAUAAUUCCUCAGCAUCCUUAUCUAACCUCCUGAUCAGCAGCGAGGUCGACGUGGUCGACAGCCAUGCCUCUUAUAGGCCGCCUCCUACCCAAUUUCUCUGUUUCCCGCAGGGCGUACUCUUCUUUCUUUUCGUCAAAGCCAGGCGGUGGCCGCUACUUUAAUUCAGCAAAGCCGCCAAAGACGGCUGUUGUCGGCACGAAGAAUGACGGCAAACGGGCUCAGUCGUUGGCCGAAUCACAGUCGGACACCGUCCAAGGUUCCUCGAAUGGCGGGAACGAGAACAACCCGAUGAGGAACAUUGCGGAGGAGUCAGCGCCGUCGGCUCAGGAGCAGAGUGACGCUGCAUCCAACAACAACCCCAUGUCUUUUGCGGACCUCUUCCAGCAAAGUAACCCUCAUCCGGUAAUCAAUUCCAAGGAUUUCAAGUUACACCAAUUUUUCUCUCUUCACCGACCUCUCCUUCUUCUAUCCAACCCACCCUCCAUCUUCCAUUCGGCGCCUCCCAAUGGUUCUAUCUUCGGACUCCAUCGGCCGGAAUCAGAGUCUGCAGAACAUCAUCAGCAAGCACUCCCAUCUGACUCCGCGCUCGAUUCAUCUGUAGACGCCGACGCGGAGGCUGCCCGUCAGCUUACACGGGCAUUAACCAUGAACCGAGCGGGCAGUACUGUCGCUUGGGAAAGCACGUUGAAACAUUUGGGGCUGGAUGUUGCAUUGGACGCUGAUCGAAUAAAUUUGCAGCAGCAGUUUGAUAAGGAGUGGGAGGAUGUUAUGAUGGAUAGCACCAAGAGGAAGAGGCGAAAAAAGAUGAAGAAGCACAAACUCAAGAAGCGCCGAAAGGCAACACGAGCUUCUCGCUUGAAGCUGUCAUAAGCAUGCAGGAUUGGCAUCCAGAGGAUUGUACACCUCCACGUUGGUUAUCAUCCACAACACUCUACAUAGCAUAUUGAAUACAUCCUUCUUUCAAUAGA